AUGUAAGUGGCACUGUGCUAGUCGGUCUCUGGUUCUCGGGUCUCCACUAAAAAAUCAAACACGCCCGAGCUGAGUCCAUGAGCGGGUCGAGUCGAGUUGAGUUGAGUCGAGUCGAGACGCUGUCGUCGUUAACGCCGAGCGGAUAAAAUUGGUUCACAGCGAGGCCUAGAUACAUUUUCCACCUUUUUUUUGUUGUGUUGACGCUAAGCAAAAGAAAGAUAAGACUAUAAAAUAUAUCUAGAAAUUAUGUCCCCUAGCCCCCAGACGAUAGACGCAACCGAGUUAGCAACUUAACAAAAACAAACAAUGCCAAAAGUUAAAGCGAAAGGCAACUACACCAAUCGACACAAAUAAAAUGAGCCAAGUCGCCUGCAACUACAACACCAACGGCAAGCAUCGAGACGAGCAGGUUGCAGGCACUCCGCAAAGAACAAGAACCGCCACAGGAACCGCAACAUCAUCUCAAAUAGUAGAAACACCCGGAACACCAGGAAUACCAGGAGCACCGUACUUGAGCAAGCGAUGAGGUGGAGCCUCCGCUUGGAUGACGAACUUAGAAACAAAAAAACUGGCACUGAAACUGCAGCUGAAACCACAACGGAACUGGCCAUCGGAAUCAGAACAAACUGAUGCUGACGGAAACUGAAACUGAUACUAUUACCAAAUUAGUGGUAGCAGCUAACCGCAAAUAGAAUCUGAAAAACAGAGAGAGAAGAACGAAAAAGAGGAGGGGAACGGAAACAUGAACAGUGUGGAUAUUUUGUAAUUAUUAAUGAGCGCAUAGAGUGGGCUGCCGCAGUGGGGUGCUGGAGGAACCACAGGAGCGAAACAGAGCGAUACGUUGAGGGAUAUCAUAAUGUACAUGCUGCUGGAUCUCGACUAACACACACACUGACACUCACCCGAGCCCACGCCCGAGCCCAAGCCCCAAGCCCCAACCCCCAGACAGAUUCCCCACAGGACAUCAGGCAGGAAAGGCAACGAAAGGCUCAAUUUCAAGGAAUUUGCAAAGCUCUCACCCACACACAGUCGCACUCACUCUUCGACUCCCAAGCGCGCACUCACACACACAUAUACGAGAAUGGGCUGAUGGAAUCUCGUCAGGAUAGAAGUAAUUAAAAGUAAAUAAAGCAGGAGGCAAAAGGAAAACCGAAAAGAAUCUCAAAGCGGUGGCUGCAGGAAAAGCAGGAAGUAACCUGAUUACGAGCAGGAAAGAAAGAGACACAGAGAAUCAAGAGGCAGCAAAGCAAAGGCAGGAGAAGCAAAAACAACAACAGCCACAAUAACAGCCACAACAACAACAACAACAAUUAAUGUGGCUCAGAAGAAGAAGAAGCAACGACCAUAGUGAUCCGCUGCUGAUUGUCCGGACUGUGCUGUGACUCGAUUUCCGACCCCCGAAAAUAGCGCCAGAACCGAAGAUUGAGAUAGAAAGACACACACGCGCACACACACACACACCACUCUAACCCAUACACAUGCACUGAAGUACUGACUGAAUGCCUCGCUGCCUAAACAACCAACUAACUCACUGACUGAGAGACUUCAAGGAGCGGAAAGCCAAAACGAAGGGGCAAGCAGCAAGCAAGGAGCCAGCGACAACCAAACAAAAAAACAAAACCAAAAAAGGAAAGGUGGAACCAGCUAGCAAGUAAACUAAAAGAGCAACUAAAACCUUGACUAAUAACUGCAACUACAGCAACAACAAAUAACAAAUUUAAAAAAAAAACAAACAGCAACAACAACUACAGCAACAACAACUUACUUUAUACGCAACUAAAUGAACAAAUACUUCAAUUUUUAAAUGCAAAACUACGAGAAGCAAGCGCAGCCAUUUUAAAUAAGCAAAAAUCCAGCACAGCUAAUCCUUCUCUUAAUAUAAAAACAAAAAAACACCCAGAACUUUCAACUUCCAAAAUUAAACCAAAAACCCAACCAAAACACCGUACCAACGCAUUAACAGCAACAGCACCAUGAGUGAUUCAAGAAUGGACAAAUUGGCCAGGAUGGCGCCUCUGCCCCGCACCCCACUGCUGACCAUCUGGCUGGCCAUCAAUAUGGCGCUGAUCGCACAGGAAACGGGCCACAGACGGAUCCACACAGUGCAGGCGGCAACUGGCGGUGGCAGCAUGCUGGGUGACGUAAACAUAUCCGCUAUACUCGACUCCUUUAGUGUUAGCUACGACAAAAGAGUAAGACCCAAUUAUGGUGGUCCCCCUGUGGAGGUUGGCGUCACAAUGUACGUCCUCAGUAUCAGUUCGGUUUCGGAAGUUCUCAUGGACUUCACAUUGGAUUUUUACUUUCGUCAAUUUUGGACCGAUCCUCGUUUAGCGUAUAGAAAACGACCUGGUGUAGAGACACUGUCGGUUGGAUCAGAGUUCAUUAAGAAUAUUUGGGUACCUGACACCUUUUUUGUAAAUGAAAAACAAUCAUAUUUUCACAUUGCAACAACCAGUAAUGAAUUCAUACGUGUGCAUCAUUCUGGAUCGAUAACAAGAAGUAUUAGAUUGACUAUCACCGCAUCGUGUCCGAUGAACCUGCAAUAUUUCCCAAUGGACCGGCAGCUGUGCCACAUUGAAAUAGAAAGCUUCGGUUACACGAUGCGAGAUAUCCGAUAUUUCUGGAGAGAUGGACUGAGUAGUGUUGGCAUGAGCAGUGAGGUCGAACUACCGCAGUUCCGUGUCUUGGGACACAGGCAGAGGGCGACCGAAAUAAACCUAACCACAGGAAACUAUUCGCGUUUAGCCUGCGAAAUUCAGUUCGUGCGCUCGAUGGGCUACUACCUUAUACAAAUCUACAUACCCUCUGGACUGAUCGUUAUUAUAUCAUGGGUAUCAUUUUGGCUCAAUCGCAAUGCAACGCCGGCGCGUGUGGCGCUCGGUGUGACAACCGUGUUGACAAUGACCACUUUGAUGUCGUCAACAAAUGCAGCGCUGCCAAAGAUUUCGUACGUCAAAUCGAUUGACGUCUAUCUGGGAACAUGCUUCGUUAUGGUCUUUGCAAGUCUACUGGAAUACGCCACCGUCGGCUACAUGGCAAAACGAAUUCAAAUGCGAAAACAAAGAUUUAUGGCGAUCCAAAAGAUAGCCGAGCAGAAAAAGCAACAGCUCGACGGGGCCCAGCAACAGGCCAAUCCAAAUCCGAAUGCCUCCAUGGGGAUGGGUGGAGGAGGCGGCGGUGGCGCUAACGCCGGUGGAGGCGGCGUCGGUGGUGGCGUCGGUGUCGGCGUUGGCGUUAACGUCGGCAUGGGCAUGGGUCCUGAGCAUGGGCAUGGGCAUGGUCACCAUGCCCACAGCCAUGGUCAUCCGCAUGCUCCCAAACAAACAGUGAGUAACCGCCCAAUCGGCUUUUCCAAUAUCCAACAAAACGUUGGUACGCGCGGUUGCUCGAUAGUGGGACCCUUGUUCCAGGAGGUGAGAUUCAAGGUCCACGACCCGAAGGCCCACUCCAAGGGCGGGACCCUGGAGAAUACAGUGAACGGUGGUCGAGGAGGUCCCCAACCCCACGGACCAGGACCGGCGUCCGGAGGUGGACCCGGCGGCGGUGGUGGUGGUGGUGGCGGCGGAGGUGGCGGACCGCCAGAUGGCGGUGGCGAUCCCGAAGCAGCGGUCCCAGCCCACUUAUUGCAUCCCGGCAAAGUAAAAAAGGUAAAGGACAUCAACAAACUGCUGGGCAUCACGCCCUCGGAUAUUGACAAGUACUCGCGCAUUGUGUUUCCGGUGUGCUUCGUCUGCUUCAACCUGAUGUACUGGAUAAUCUACCUGCAUGUGAGCGACGUGGUCGCCGAUGAUCUGGUGCUGCUCGGCGAGGAGUAGAGAGUGCCUCGUCGUCGUCGUCAUCGUCGUCGUCGUCGUCGUCAAACCAUUCGCGUCGAGGGUGGUCCAGGACCCCAUCGGAUCGCCAGAAAGAGGAGUGAACAGCGCACGAGAGAGUCAAACUAUGCAUUGCGCUGAAAAACCACACAAAAAAUAAGAAGAAAACGCAAAGAAAAAAAGAAACAGAAAACAAGCAAAAAAAAAAUUAAUUAAGAAGCGGAAACAAAACUAAUUUUAACUAGGCGAUAUGAGGAGACGAAGAAAUGCAACAAGUUUUUGUUUAAUACUAAUGAAAAAAAGGACACACACACACAUAUUACAAGGUCGAAAGCAAAGAAUAUUGUUAAAUAGAUUUACACAAAGAGAAAACAUAAGGAUAACAUUAGCAGUAACAAGGCAAAUGAAAAAAUGAAUAUAAAUGAAUGAAGAAUAAUCAAAAGCAACAGGAUUAGCAAAUUGUAGUGAAAAUUAUAUAACGAAAGGUAUAAGAGAACAUGUUGAAAAGGAUUAAAAAGCCAUAAAAAAAAAUCACAUAUAUAACGAUCAAAAAAUCAUACGCAAUAUAGACAUUAAAGGACACGGAAAGGGAAAGUGGAAUCGAAUGGGUUCGAGAAUGAGAGUGAGCAAGAGAAUGAGAAUGAGAAAGCGAAAACUAAUAAAUACUACUAUACUACAAUACUAGCGCAGUCGAAAAGUUGAUUUCAAAGACCACAAAGUUAAACAACACACAAUACAUAUACAUAAUAGAAGAAUUAACUGAAACUAACGUUAUAGACCAUACUAGAAUGAAUGAUUUCCAUUAUCUUUGCGGAGUUUUGAGCUUAAGUUUAAGAACCGAAACACCUUUUGCUUCCCACUUCAAAAGCAAAACACCCAGAGAGUCUUCCUCUAAUUUAAGUCCCCCCAGCUUCAGAAGCACGCUCUCCGAAUCGAACACAUAGGAAAACCAGAACCAGAACCACAAAUGAAACCAAACCAAAACUAAGCCCAAAAUUUAGUAAAUCGAAAGUUUGAUUUCCCAUUCAGUUGGUUUGAUUGAUUUGUUUAUUCAGAACUGACUUAGCGCUUCCAAGUGAAAUGGCCAAAUUUAUUAGAAAUCAAAAAGUAAGGCGAUGAACAAAUUUCGAUAAUUGAGAAUCAAUUUAGCAAAUCUUUUUGAUUAAGUUAACUUUACAUAUAACACUCACACACACACAGAGACAAACACACACACAUAAAACCAGUCGAGUAUAGUCGUCGAAUAGGAAAGAAAGAGAGUUUUAAUCAUUUGCACACCAAAAUAAUAAAUGGGAAAACCAAGAAAUACCACGAAUUACUUUGGAGCGCACCUUUUAUAAACAAGCAAGCAAGAAAGCAAGCAUCGUGGAUAAGUCAUACAAAUAGUUAGUGCAAUUGAAAUAGCUAAAUAAUAAUAAUAAUAGGAACGAUAAUGUUUCAUUUUAGUUACACCAACAAAUUUUUGAUAACAACUUUAAACUAACGAACAAACAAAUUAUUCAAAUUGCACUCACUCAAACGCUCCACUCCACUCACUCACUCAGAAAAAUGAUGCUCCACACAAGAAUCAAGAACUCAAAAACUUUUCGAAGACAACUUUGCGGCACCAUAAGAAAUCAAUAUAAGGUCUAAGUGAAAAUCCAAUAAAAAAAAAAUUUAAAAAUACAAGUAAAUUUAAAGGAUAUACAAAAUACAGAAUAUUAUACAUAGAGCAUAGAAAUAUGUACACAAGUAAUGAAUGAAUGAAACUGCCUAAGAAAAUUAGUAUAUAGGUCAAACAAAUAGUUGCUAAGAAAAACAACAACACACAACAGGGGUGGGAGGGGAGAUACCCGUAAAUUGAUUUCCAAUUUGUAUAUAGCAAUGUACUCGAACUCGUGUGAAGGAAAAAGGAGCAGGCUAGGUACUCGUUACAUACUCAUCAAAAGCAAAGUAGGAGCAAAACUUCGCAAUUGAAUAAAAACUUAGUUAAUGUAAUUAAAUCUAGUUAAGCGAUUAACUCGGAUACGUUCAAGCAGUCAAUAAAGCGAUUAACAUACAAAAUGAUACUUACGAUGCACCGUCUUAAGUUAGCCUAAUGAACAUAUACACACACAAAAAUAUAUAAAUAAAGAUGUAUGAAUUUUCGCUCAAGUUCCUCGAUGAAUCACAGAAACAUAAGAACAAGAAACCAAAAGUUAAGUUAAUUAACACAUAAAUUAAAGGCAAGUGAGUUUAACUUUAAAACAAACAAAAGAAAAAAUGUGAAGAGCAUACAAGAAACUAAAAAAUAAACUUUAGCACACCAGGAGAGAAGGAGGAGAAAUAUAUAAAUACGCGCAAGUGAAUCAUACCAAAAUAUCAUCAAUGAAUUUUAAUUUAGUGUUUAUGAUUAGUAAAUGGACGAAGAGCAGGUCGUAAGGCUAAAGAAUUUUGUACAGUUUAGCUAAACUUAAUGCUAGGAAUUAGGUAUACACCAUAAUAUGGUCAAAGUAUGAUAGUAACACUCCAACACACACACACAAAAACACAAUCAGACACACACAGACACACAGAUCUAUGUACAUGUAUAUAGAGUAUGGUAUAAGUAUACACAAUUAUAUGAAAUAUACAUACAUAUGUAUAUUUAUGUAUACAAAAAUCGUAUUUAGGCACCUACAUACAUAUAUGUAGCACGAGUUUUUUGAUAUGUAAACCCCUAAUCCAAAAAAAAA